AUGCAAAAAGAAUAUGGAAAAAGUAAUACUAUAAUACUAUAGAGUAUAAGAUUUUGUUUAUAUAUUUAAAUUUCUAAAAAGGUGCAGUUAUAAAUUUAUAAAGUUACUAUAAAAAAAACUACAUAUUGGUCAUUUUGAUCAUUUUCCAUUGUCCAGUGUUAAGAAUUUUAACUUGAAUUUUCCUAAAAUCUAUGUAUAAAAGACAAAAAGAAUAUGAACAUGAGAAUACCCUUGUCUUUCCUAAAAUUAAAAUUAAAGUUAAAAUAUCUCCCAAACCGAUGAUUUCUCGACACAAAUAGCUUGACACACUUUUUUUGUGAGAAAUAAUGCAUUUUAAAAAUAUAUUAGCCCAUUUGAAAAAGUGAAGGUGAUCUUGAUACGACCUCUACGUAUUCAUCUAUAAAAAAAAAUUACUCAUCAAAUUGUGAUUACCUAGAAAUCAUUAAUUUUUUAUCUGAACUAUUUUCUUUUUCAAUAACAGUUUACGAGUAAUUUGCAUUUAUAGAUUAAAAUUAAACAUCCUAUAAUAUCUAUAGUUAUCAUAUUAUGAUAAAUAAUACAAAAACUGUCAAUCAGAAAUGGAAGAUAUUACAAUCUUCUGUUAGCUUGAAUUGAUUAUAUAAUAUGAAUAUAGAUAUUGAUUAUAUUAAUAAUAUAAGACAAAUAUAAUUUUUAAAAAUCAUAAUAACUAAAUAACACAUAUAUAAUUUUCAAAAAUCAUAACAUUUAUGCAGCUAAAUUACAGUAAAUGAAAGAAGGAUUAAAUAAAGCUUGUACUUAUAAAUUAAAAGUUUGAAAUUAUUUACAAGUUGUAAGAGUUUAAGUCAAUUGAAAAGUAUGAGUUAAUAACACAGAAACUUUUGCAAUGUAAUAUAAAUACAGACUCUAUGUAAUAACGCAUUUCUUUCAGAUUAUAUGGUAAUUUUAUCAGGUCACUACGUUUGAAAAAUGAAUCUAAUAAUUUUGUUCAUUUGUCCAUUCGUACAAUUCACCCAAAUGCUGAAACUUUCUUUUUAAACUAUUCAAUUAGAUUGGUAAUAAAAUAAAGAGAGGCUGAGAUUUCUAUUAGGGACAUGUAAUAUCUCUAAUUAAGGAUUGAACCACAUUGCAGUCGUGGUCGAUUGCAAUAUUACAUAGCUGUUAUCAUCGUCCACGAUCAUAGUUUCGAACUUUGAUUUUAUAUUUUCAGUAAAACUGUGCUACAUCACUAAUUACUAAUUACCACAUUAUAAUUACAAUAUCCUCUGCGGAAAUUUUGUUCUCUCCAUUUGGUACAUUUAGACAGACUAAAUUGAGAGAACAAAAUUUCUACAGUGGAUAUCGUAAUUCUAAAGCAUCACGAAAAACGGAAUUUUAUAAUGUGAGAAAUUUAUUUCGAUUUUACGAAAUGUCAAAGAGUUAUUUAUUUUAAUUUUUCAGCGAUUUCAGCAUGAUGUGUUUGAAAAUAUCGAACCUUUGUUACUUUGAUCCCCUGUUAUUACAUUGCGGAUUUUUAUGGAAAUUUAUGCAAUGAGUGCACUUGAUAAAAAAAUUGUCAAUAUUUUGUAAAAAAAAAAAAUAAAAAUUCGCAGAACAUUGCUUUCGAUUCCCAUUUACCCUGUGUUAAAAAUUAAUUUAAACUUUAAAUAUUAAAAUUAAAUUUAAAAUAAUUAUUACGAGUUUAUUCCGAUUGAAUAGAGAAUGUUUUUAUGUUUCUCCUUAGGGAACACGACGAAUACAACCCUUUACUUUGUUCGACUGACGGAAAUGGUGGAGAAUCAUGAUAUUUUGAAGCAACUGAAUUUCUGGGUUUAUAGCGUGGUAAUCAAACUUUUUCCUUGUGUCAUCCUGACGAUCGUCAGUUUGAAACUUCUGCAAGUUCUACUAGAGGCGAAACGAAGGAGACACAAGUUAACUAAUAUUCAAGAGCAACAUACGAAAAAAAGGAAGAGUUCCCAAAGAGUGAACAAAGAGCGACAAACUGAUAGAACUACGAUAAUGUUGCUUGUAGUCUUGCUGCUCUUUCUGUUGACUGAAUUACCACAGGGAAUUUUGGGACUAUUUAGCGUGCUGCUUGGCCCAGAAUUCUUCUCGAGUUGCUACUUGAUGUUAGGUGAUAUUAUUGACAUGUUAACGCUGGUAAAUUCAGCCAUAAACUUCAUACUAUAUUGCACUAUGAGCAGACAAUUCAGAAAAACGUUCAAGAAACUUUUCUGUAAAAGUUGGAAAAUCCCUAGGAACAUUGGAAAACAUAUUUGUAUGGAAAAUAAUGGAAAUACAGGCACAAAUCAUACGGUGACACAAGUAACACAAGUAUAGUUAAAAAGAAAAUGGAGAGCUUCUCUUUUACCGUCUACUAAACAUACAUCUAACGAUUGUGAUUUUCAAAUAAGUAAAGUAAUUAAAUAAUAAGAUUAACUUACUUGUUAUUUCGUCUUCAGCCAACAUGAACAUAUAAAUAAAUACUAAUAUCAUGUAAUAAUUGACUUUUACAUAUGUUAAUAAUAAAGUUUAAUAUUGAUAAGAUUUUUUAUUUAUAAUUCUUACGAGAAAUUGUAUUUCAAAUUUUAUCUUACCAGAAAGUAGUUUCAGCGAGAUCUUGUUCAUUACAUUAACAGAUGGCGCUAAAGAUCAUUUUCUCGUAAUAAUUUGGUUAAAAUUGAUUAAAAUGUUUAUGAAUUUAGGAAUAUUCCACUAAAAAAUGCCAAAAUGAAGCUAACGAAUGAUCUUACUAUGUAUUUAUGUCUAAAGCAGUGAUGUUCCAUCAUCGAAGGAAAGUAAAAAGAUAAAUACAUAUCCAGUAUUCCUAAACUCAUCGAAACUUAGUUACGUAUUAUGUAUUUGAUUCCUUUGAGAAAUUUUAAAAAUGUGUACUGUGAUUUUAACAAGAAAUUAAGAAAUAUAAUUUAACAUUAAAGGCAUACGUACAUUUUAAUAUAUAUAUA